CAGCGUUCCUCCCGCCACCCUCCGAGUCAGACCCUGUACGACCUGCUGCCCGUCCUUCAACCCUCUCUCCUCCUGACCGCCAGUCACAGCUGAGAGUCUCAAAAUGUCGAAGGCCCUCAUUGACUUGACCGCAGGGACUGCGGGCGGCGUCGCACAGGUACUCGUAGGCCAGCCGUUUGACAUUGUCAAAGUGCGCAUGCAAACGGCCCCGAAGGGCACGUACAGCGGCAUGCUGCACUGCGCCGGAGGAAUCCUGAAGAACGAGGGCCCCCUCGCGUUCUACAAGGGCACCCUCACACCGCUCCUAGGCAUCGGUGUCUGCGUCUCGAUCCAGUUCGGCGCACUCGAGUACUCGAAGCGCUUCUUCGCGCGGCGGAACCUCGAGGAGGGCAAGGGCGGGCCCACGGGGUUCAUGCUCACGGGCCCGCAGCUCGUGGCCUCGGGCAUCUUUGCGGGGGUCGCGAACGGCGUGGUGUCGGGCCCGGUCGAGCACAUCCGUAUACGCUUGCAGACUCAGUCCGCGACCAACCCGACGUACAGCGGCCCCUGGGACGCGAUCAGGAAAAUCUACUCCGCGCACGGCGUCGCGGGGAUCUACAAGGGCCAGGUGGUUACGCUCUGGCGCGAGUCGCUCGGCUACGGCAUCUACUUCCUCGCCUACGAAAAGCUCAUGCAGUACGAGAUCACGCGCAAGGGCAUCCGGCGGGACCAGGUCAACCCCGCAAAGGCCGUGCUGUUCGGGGCCGCUGCUGGUUAUGCGCUCUGGGCGAUCAUAUACCCUAUAGACAUGAUCAAGUCCCGCAUGCAGACGGACGGGUUCUCCCCCGCGGACGGUCAAAAAUACAAGUCGGCGCUGCAUUGUGUGCGGACAAUCUGGCGGACGGAGGGCAUUGGCGCGUUCACGCGCGGGCUGGGGCCUACCCUUAUCCGGUCACCCUUCGCAAACGGCGCGACGUUCCUCGGAUUCGAGCUCGCGAUGCGCUUGCUCUCCGGUCACGAAGAGGUCCCAUAGACAGUACCAUACUAUCUACCCACUAUGAAUCUGACGCGCUUUGAAGUUCUUGGGUUGUCAUAUAGCAUAACGUAUCUUAUUAGAUCUGCUCUGUCCAUGGACAUGUCCGUACACCUGGUAUACCUAGGACGGAUUAAUCGUUGUAGAACGGUGUUUCAACGCACUGCACAAUGGGGCUUCUUGGCCCUCUCUUCGCCGCGAUGAUAUAUACUGUCGAAGCCAUUGGCUCAGUGCCAAGUGAUCUCGGGCGCAAUCCGAGUGACGUAUUGCGGAACAGCGCAGCGUGUAUGCAUCCUUUGAAAUCGAAGUCAGUUGCAGAAAA